AUGGCUCCUGAAACUUCCACUUCUGCCCCGGGUGUCGAGGAUCUGCAGGGAGGACCUGAGGCGUCUGCCACCUUCUCUUACCAACAGAUGCUCAGCCUCGUUGAAGCAUCCGCGAAAGCGAGCGAGGAAAGCCAACGACGAGCAUUUGCAGCAGCCCUCAGGGAGGUCUUUCCUACAAGCUCACAAGUCACCCCUCCUCAGUCUCCGGAGGUGGUACGCGACCUUCACAGGAUGAAGCUCGAUGGCAUUGCACGCUGGCGCGCCCCUAAUAGCCUGGUCGGUCCCAAGGAAGCUUUCAUGGCCGCAGGAAUGACGGAGGACGAAGCUAUGACGAUUCUCGUCAACCUCAAGGGCUUUGAGUUGGCCACGCCCCCCACUUCUCCAGUCCAACGAUCCUCGGCCGCCCUUCCUGCGCACCUCGCUCAAAUCAAUGAAUACGCCUCAAACGGCGCUACGGCGAGAUCUCCUCAAGCCGAGUUCGCUGCUCACGGCCCAUCGCCUCAGACAAGGACCGUUCCCACAGAGGUGCCUCGAUCGGCUCCCACCUACACCAGAGAACAAGACUUUGUCCUUCCUCUCCUUGGCGGGAUGGAAACUGGACUGGACGAUGGCCUCUCAAAAGGACGAUUCUUCAAGACGGAGGACCUCGGCCACUUCGACGGCAGCUCCAAAGAGUAUGGCUUUUUCAUCGCGAGGAUCUCUGCACUCAUCAACCAAUUCCCAGGGGAUGCGACAUGGGAAAGACUCAUCCUUCGCUGCCUUCCCUUCUGUUUGCGCGACUCUGCCACACACUGGUAUACCAACAUGGACGAACCAGUAAGAGCCGGUCUCACCUCAUGGAAGGCGUGGAUCAAAGAACUCUCCCUAGCUUUCCGUCCCAAUGAAGCCGCUCUCCGUGCUGAAGCUCUCGCAUAUGUUUGGGACGGAGAGGAAGACAUCGCCAAGUACUUCCACAAGAAGCUCGCUCUUCUUCAUUUGGCUUAUCCGGAGCUCUCGGUGAACGUCUUUGUUCGUGACAUCAAGCUAGGCCUUCCAGAGGAAGUUCGAGCGUUCAUCCGCACGGACGCUUCAUUCCAUCCCGAGGCUAGACUUCUACUGAACGAGCUACGAAGCAUGGAACCCGACAUGAAGAUUCACCUUAAGCACGCCAGGGAGAUCAGCGCUCUGACAAAGACACUGGCUGUCAGGAGCGGCAAGCCCCUCCCAGCCCCUCCUUCAGGUUCACUGACGGUCACCAACACAGUCAAACAGCAGGAGAUCAGGGCUCCACUUGCGCGACGCUACACCACUCAAGACCUGAAGAACUCCUUCAAGGCAUCUGCGCUGUUCAAGGAAGGGACGACGACGAAAUACAGAAUUCCAGGAACAGACGACUUCCUCACCCUCUCUCGCCCAUGCAAGACGUGCAACUCCAACCAUUGGGACUGGAUGCACGAUCUUCUACAUGGGAAAGCGGAAUCGAGGACGGCCACAACCGUAGAGGAUCCUCAGGAAUCCUUCUGGGCGGAGUGCUUGGGACCAAGUACCUUCACCAUCGACCAGCUGCAGUCAGACUUCGAGACGGCGGAUUGCUCGGGCUCGAGGUUUACGGAGAUUGGCUCCAGCAAGCUGGGAAACUGA